AUGGGUGUAGAGAGGGGAUAUGAUUAUUGUCCAGCCAAAAAGGGUCCCUCAGUGAUGAAAACCAAAAAACCUUGUUCCAAGGGCAACAAGAAGGACUGCCACAUCAAGGUGAACGGGAGAGACCGUCGAGUUCGUGUAUCAACAAUAUGUGCCGCUCGUAUCUUCCAACUCACCUGUGAGCUAGGCAACAAGACAAAUGGUGAGACCAUUGAGUGGCUCUUACGCCAGGCCGAGCCGUCAAUUAUUGCCGCCACUGGCACGGGCAUUAUGCCUUCCAACACCACAGUGACCAACAACACCUCCUCGAUUAUAUCGGCCACUUGUGCCAACUUUUUGCCUUCUAACAACACCACCUUGGUGCCACCAAACACAAUUGUUACUCAAGAUUCCAAUUUGGUCACCAAUGUUGCGAGUGCAAGGAUAGAGCAACAAAUCCCACCUUUCGAUUUCGACUUUGAUUGGUUGCAACACUCUGAUUUAGGGUUUUGA